ACUCUUGGAGGGUGUUAGUUUCACGGCUUCGUCGCUAGUUGAUCCCAAAUGUGUUGGAUUGGGUCCAGACUCCAGAACUUCAGAUCUAGAGAGUAGAGAGUAGAGACUGGACUUGGAGCUGACCACGCCAAGCACUCGAAUGCAACCUCAUUCAUUAUCAGGUAGUCGUCCGACACCAUGUCCACAAUAAGUGCUCUAGAGAACUCGUUUCCAAUGUCCAAUUCACAAAUAACUAAAAGAAAAAAUGACAUUGGUCAAGGCUGCUGGUUUGGUCAUUUGCCGACAUGAGUCUGGUAGCUGGAAAUAUCUUUUGCUCCAAGCGAGUUAUGGGGAUUUUCACUGGACACCGCCCAAAGGCCAUGUCGACCCGGGUGAAGAACUCUUGGAGACGGCUUUUCGAGAGACAGAGGAAGAAGCGGGAUUGAAGAAAGACCAGCUGAAACUCAAAGACUUCAAACUCAUGCUCAACUAUUCUGUCAAAGGGAAACCGAAAGAAGUCACGUAUUGGCUUGCUGAGUACACAGGCCAGAAUCCCGUCGUACUCUCACGCGAGCAUAAAGACUAUAAGUGGUCAUCGUUAGACGAAGCUCUCGGCUAUGUCAAAUACGACGAGACAAAAACAUUAUUAAAGAAAUGCCAAGAAUAUUUAAUUUCAAAUAAUGAACAGUCGAAAUAAUUUUGAACGUACCUUUUCUCCAAAUGAACAUGGAUUUCCAAUAACAUGUUUCAUGCAUUAAAGGCCUAAAUAAAAAUAAUUUUAACCGAGUUUAAAGUUAAAUGGGGUCACAUUAAAUUGUUUUUCACAAAUAAUUUGUUUUAUUUUCACAGUCCUUUCCAAAUUUUAUUACAGUUGAAUUUUUUUAAUACCAGGGAAGAGAAGGCAUGUAUUACAGUGAAUGUUUCUGUAAAUUAUAAGUCUAACAAUUACAAUACAUUCGAAACAAUGUUUUUUUAAAAAUAUUUUAUUUAACAUAAAAGUGUGAAUAAUAUCAGUCAAUUAUGAUAUAAAAUAUACAUUUACAUAAUACAACAUAAAUGUUUUAAGGGCUACGCAGAUUUUGUUAUACAAGCGGUAUGUCGAUAAUUGACCUUAUAGCUCAAGAUCAGUCUUUCGUACAAGAAUGUAAGCAAGCAAAGCACCUUUUUUUAAAAUUUUUUUAAUUACAUUUCCAGAAAAAAUUAGGCGAUUUUAAAUAAUUAUUUAGUAGUGCACAAAGAUUUGCUCAGAAUCGGUCAAAUCUUUGUAGCGAGAAACAAUCACAGUUUAUAAACUAAAUUAUAUCCUAAAAAUAGUGUUUAAUAUCUAUUAAAACUGAGCGUUCUCUUCCCAUCCUUACAUCUUUCAAAAACAGAUUAAAAAACAGUGAUAUAUGUAAAAUUUAAAUAAAGCAAAGAGCGUUUAUAAUUUCUCGUUCCAGAAGAGAUGAUAUGACUUACAAAAAACUUUUUUAAUCAAUAAAUUCUGUUGUAAAAACACUGACAAAGACAAAUAUUGCAUAUUUAUUCGAUAAUACACCUACUAGAAAUAACUAUGUAUAUAACAUUAAUAAUUAAUAAUGUUACAAUAAUAAUAAUAACAGCCUUCAGCUUUAUCGCAGCGCAUAUCAGUCAUUUUUUCCGACUCUAAACAUUUUUUGUCUCCACAAAUUCUCACAAUGGUUUUAUACUACAAAUUUAUCCAUAGUACACAAGUUCAAAGGAAUUAAUCGAUUCUGCCUUGGAUGUUUUAAUCAGUACCUUUUCUUCUGGAGGGGGGCUAAUGGACUUUUAUGUUUAUGUCCAACUGGGAUUCAACGUUGCUGUGGCAAAACAUUUUUCUUCAAUAAUAAUACAGCUCGUUGAAAAAAUUCAAAUUCACCCUAAUCAAAGAACUUUUAUACUAUGGAUCUUAUUAAAACAAAGCAGUGUAUAUAUACUUUUUUUAUAUUUUUCAGUGAGCAAUGGCAACCUUAACUGCCUACAACAGGAAACUUACUUUUUGAUAAUUAAAACUAU